GCGCUUACAUGCACUUCACUCGAAGCACCAUAGACGUUGACCUCCAAACAACUCCUCCAUGUCCUCUGAGCUCGACCGGUACAUUAGCGACAACGCACUUGUGUUGUUCGGUCUUUCUGACCGGAGUAUCGUCGACUACGUCUUAGCAUCAGCCUCCCACGCAAAGUCACCGGAAGCUCUCUUCACCGCACUCAACGCCUCUGGCUUACCAGACACUUCACAGGCUCACCAAUUCAUUCAGGAAGUCUACUCGCGUGUUCCUCGAAAGACCAAACAUAAGAAGUCCGACAGUGCUCGCAAGGCGGAACAAGAAGCCAAAGCUCUUCGAUCACAAAAGUUUGACUUUCUGCUUGAGGAAGAAGCUGGUACCAGUGAUGUGGUUGAGCUGAAGGCUGCGAAGAAGAGUAGCGCAAAGGACAAGAAGGAGAGGCAUACGCGGAAGAGGGAAAGCGAUGCACGAGAAUGGGAGAGCGAUGAGGAGGAGCAGUCAAGGAAACGACUGAGAGCUGACGACUAUCAAGAUGGGAGACAUCAUGUCGAUGAAGAGCUUCCGUACAAGGAGGAAGAAGACGAGGACACCCGCAGAGAGCGACAGCGUCUCCAAGACCUUGCCGAGAGAGAUGCAUUCGCGGAACGUGUCAAGGAGAGGGACAAGGAGAAGACGAAGCGUGUGGUUGAGGACCGCUCAUCCAAAGCCGUUGGUGCUGCUGCUGAGGCUGCUGAACGUCGUCGGUUAGCAGACGAUGCAAGGGCUCGGGAACAUGCUAUGCCCAACCUACGAGAACAUUCACGACAAGAAUAUCUCACCAAACGUGAAAUCCAGCGGAUAGAACUUCUUCGCAAGGAAAUCCAGGAUGAUGAGGCACUCUUCCGUGGCAUGAAGAUUUCUAAACGGGAACGAAAGGAACUUGACCGGAAGAAGGAGCUUUUGCGUCUUGUCGAGGAACGUCUCAAGAUCGACGACAAAUGGGAAGGCUAUCAACUCCCGGAAGACUAUAUCACGGAGCAAGGAAAGAUAGACAGGAAGAAGAAAGAGAACGUACUGUACAAGCGAUACGAAGAGGCGAAACCUAAAGACGACCAGUUUACAACUGACGUAGACCAAUGGGAGGCUGCUCAGGCCAAGCAUAGUACGUUCAAGACCGGUGCGUUGGACAAGCGCGAACUGGUCAUGGAGUACGACUAUGUGUUUGACGAGAGUCAGACAAUCCAGUUUGUUAUGGACCGGACGUUGGCUGGCGAGGGAAUGAUAAGCGCGAAGGACAAGCUCCUGCAGCAACAGAUAGAAGAGGCGGAGAGGCGAGCCGAAACCAUUGAAGAAACCCGCAAGUCUCUGCCGAUUUACCAGUACAGAGAGCAACUUUUGGAAGCCAUCAAGGAACAUCAGAUUCUUAUUGUCGUCGCAGAGACAGGCUCUGGCAAGACCACUCAACUUCCUCAAUACCUGCACGAAGCUGGGUAUACCGCAGGCGGGCUGAAAGUCGGAUGUACUCAACCUCGUCGUGUUGCAGCCAUGUCUGUCGCUGCGCGUGUCGCCGACGAGAUGGGUACGAAAGUCGGUUACGAAGUCGGUUACUCUAUACGAUUCGAGGAUUGCACUAGCGACAAGACGGUUUUGAAGUACAUGACAGAUGGUAUGCUACUUCGCGAGUUCCUAACGGAACCGGAUCUGGCUGGGUACUCUGCUUUGAUUAUUGAUGAGGCGCAUGAACGGACACUGAGUACGGAUAUUCUGUUUGCUCUUGUGAAGGAUAUCGCAAGAUUCCGACCAGAGCUCAGGUUGCUUAUUUCCAGUGCGACAAUGGAUGCAGAGAAGUUUAGGGAGUACUUUGACAAUGCUCCCGUAUUCUAUGUUCCUGGUCGUCGAUACCCUGUCGAUAUCCAUUACACUCCCCAACCUGAAGCCAAUUAUCUCCACGCCGCCAUCACUACCGUCUUCCAGAUUCACACCACACAGCCGAAAGGCGAUAUCUUGGUCUUCUUCACAGGUCAAGACGAGAUCGAGGCCGCGCAGGAGAACUUGCAAGAAACUGCAAGAGCUCUGGGGAACAAAAUAGCGGAGCUUAUGAUCUGUCCGAUCUAUGCGAACUUGCCCAGUGAGAUGCAAGCCAAGAUCUUCGAACCCACACCUGAGGGUGCUCGCAAAGUGGUGUUGGCGACGAAUAUCGCCGAGACCUCCAUCACGAUCGACGGCGUCGUCUUCGUAAUCGAUCCUGGUUUCGUAAAACAGAACUCGUAUAAUCCGAGGACAGGAAUGUCUUCACUCGUGGUCGUUCCUUGUUCGCGUGCAUCGGCAAAUCAAAGAGCGGGUCGAGCUGGACGUGUCGGUCCUGGCAAGGCGUUCCGAUUGUAUACCAAGUGGGCGUACGCCAACGAAUUGGAAGAGAACACCGUGCCCGAGAUUCAGCGUACCAACCUCGGCAUGGUCGUUCUACUGCUCAAAUCUCUUGGUAUCAAUGACCUCAUCGGCUUUGAAUUCAUGGAUCCUCCUCCGGGCGAAACGUUGAUGCGGGCUUUGGAGCUGUUGUAUGCUUUGGGUGCGUUGAACGACCGAGGGGAGUUGACCAAGCUUGGUCGAAGGAUGGCGGAGUUCCCUGUUGACCCGAUGUUGAGCAAGGCCAUCAUUGCUAGCGAGGACUAUUCAUGUACCGAUGAGGUGCUCACCAUUAUCUCCAUGUUGCAAGAAUCAGGGUCACUAUUCUAUCGACCUAAAGACAAGAAGCUGCAUGCCGACCAAGCUCGUCAGAACUUCGUUCGUGCGGGUGGAGACCAUUUCACUUUGCUGAAUGUCUGGGAACAAUGGGCGGAGACGAACUACUCACAACAGUUCUGCUAUGAACAGUUCUUGCAGUUCAAGAGCUUAAGCCGAGCUCGUGAUAUUCGAGACCAGUUGGCUGGAUUGUGCGAGCGUGUGGAAGUUGUGGUUCAGAGCAACCCCAAUACGAACGAUAUCACGCCGAUACAGAAGGCCAUCACUGCUGGAUACUUUUACAAUACGGCUCAACUGCAGAAGAGCGGCGACUCGUAUCGUACGUUGAAGACGAACCAGACAGUACAUGUCCAUCCAUCAUCAAGUCUGUUCAACCACACACCACCAAUAAAGGCUGUUCUUUACUACGAAUUGGUAAUGACGUCGAAGUCGUACAUGCGACAAGUGAUGGAGAUUAAACCUUCAUGGCUUCUCGAAGUUGCACCUCACUACUUCAAGCCUGCCGACCUCGAACAACUUGCCUCUGGCGAACGUAAAAUGCCGAAAGCAUUGGGGAGUGUAGGGGAGAGGGGUGCUGCUAAUUCAUGACCUUGCGCGCUGUUGUACUGAUAUUCACCUUGCUAUUCUUUCGACAUUGUAUGAUAGUUUUGCAAUAACUCAUCCCUAAAACUUUUGUUUUUCCUGC